AUGAAUCAGCGCCAUCUAUUGAUUAACAUUGGAACACCUGCUGCCUCACACGAGUCGAUAGAUGGCGCUGAUUCGCCAGUUGAAGCCGAUGGUGGAGGCGCAAUGGGGUGGAGGAGAGGAGAGCGUGAGGAGAGCCCUAGGUCCACACAUCACUGGAUGCGGCAGCGGCAUGUGGACGGCAGACACACCGGAGACGUGUGUGGGUACUUUAUGCUGACCGGUCCGGGCUCUCAUAGGAGCGCAUGACCCGCCGUGAUGGCCGGGGGACGCAGAGGACUAGUGGCCCCACAAAACACUUUUCUGGAAAAUAUUGUCCGACGGUCUAACGACACAAACUUUGUGUUGGGAAAUGCCCAGAUCGUAGACUGGCCCAUCGUUUACAGUAAUGAUGGCUUUUGUAAGCUGUCCGGCUACCACCGUGCUGAGGUCAUGCAGAAAAGCAGCACAUGCAGCUUCAUGUACGGAGAGCUCACAGAUAAGGACACAUGUGAAAAAGUUCGGCUGACUUUCGAGAACUAUGAGAUGAAUUCGUUUGAGAUCUUGAUGUACAAGAAAAACAGAAUGCCGGUUUGGUUUUUUGUGAAAAUAGCCCCUAUACGAAAUGAACAGGAGAAGGUUGUGCUCUUCCUGUGUACGUUUAGUGACAUCACAGCAUUCAAACAACCCAUUGAAGAUGACUCCUCCAAAGGAUGGGGGAAGUUUGCUCGUCUGACCAGGGCUCUGACCAGCAGUAGAGGGGUCUUGCAACAACUGCAGCCCACUGUACAUAAAGGAGAGAAUGUACAUAAACACUCGCGCCUUGCAGAGGUUCUCCAGCUGGGCUCAGACAUCCUGCCCCAGUACAAACAAGAGACACCCAAGACCCCUCCUCACAUCAUCCUGCACUACUGUGCCUUUAAGACAACAUGGGACUGGGUCAUCCUCAUUCUCACCUUCUACACCGCCAUCAUGCCACAAAACAACUCCUCCAAAAAAAACAAGAACAACAACACCACCCUACUAGUUGACAGAAAUCAUUACGUAAUCUAUCUUUUAGAUAUAUAACUAAUAAACCACCACACCACGUUCGUGGGCCCGGCCGGGGAAGUGAUAUCAGACCCAAAACUGAUUCGCAUGAAUUACAUGAAAACCUGGUUUGUGAUUGACCUUUUGUCCUGUCUGCCUUAUGAUGUCAUCAACGCCUUUGAGAACGUGGAUGAGAACUGGAAUCAUCGAGCUGUCACUCAAGGUAUCAGUAGCUUGUUUAGUUCACUGAAGGUGGUUCGUCUGUUGCGUCUGGGCCGGGUGGCUCGCAAACUAGAUCACUACAUUGAGUAUGGUGCGGCUGUUUUGAUUCUGCUGGUUUGCGUAUUUGGGUUGGCGGCCCACUGGCUGGCCUGCAUCUGGUACAGCAUUGGAGACUAUGAGGUCAUAGAUGAGGAACGCAACAAAGUACGUCCAGAGAGCUGGCUUUAUAUGCUGGGUGAGACAAUCGGGACACCCUAUCGCUUCAACGUCAGCGGGACAGGAAAAUGGGAAGGUGGACCCACGAAAGAUUCAGUCUACAUCACGUCUCUGUACUUCACCAUGACCAGCCUGACCAGUAUUGGCUUUGGAAACAUCGCUCCAACCACAGAUGGGGAGAAGAUCUUCGCUGUGGCCAUGAUGAUGAUUGGAUCUCUCCUCUAUGCCACCAUCUUCGGUAACGUGACAACUAUCUUCCAGCAGAUGUAUGCUAACACAAACCGCUAUCAUGAGAUGCUGAACAGCGUGCGGGACUUCCUCAAGCUGUACCAGGUGCCCAAAGGCCUGAGCGAGAGGGUUAUGGAUUACAUCGCCUCCACGUGGUCCAUGUCCCACGGUAUUGACACUGAAAAGGUUUUGCAGAUCUGUCCUAAAGACAUGCGUGCUGAUAUAUGUGUGCACCUGAACAGGAAGGUUUUCAAGGAACAUCCUGCUUUCCGUUUAGCCAGUGACGGCUGUUUGCGGGCUUUGGCCAUGGAGUUCCAGACCAUCCACUGUGCUCCGGGCGAUCUUAUCUACCAUGCGGGCGAGAGUGUGGACAGCCUCUGUUUUGUGGUGUCAGGGUCACUGGAGGUCAUCCAAGACGACGAGGUGGUCGCCAUUCUGGGUAAAGGUGAUGUGUUUGGGGACGUGUUCUGGAAGGAGGUGACUCUAGCUCAGGCAUGUGCUAAUGUGAGAGCGCUAACAUACUGUGACCUGCAUGUGAUCAAACGGGACGCACUUCAGAAAGUCCUAGAGUUCUACACCGCCUUCUCCAACCACUUCUCACGAAACCUGCUGCUUACGUACAACCUGCGCAAAAGGCUUGUGUUCAGAAAGAUCAGUGAUGUGAAGCGUGAGGAAGAGGAGAGGCUGAGGAGGAAGAAUGAAGCCCCUCUGAACCUCCCCCCUGAUCAUCCUGUCCGCCGUCUGUUCCAGCGAUUCCGCCAGCAGAAGGAAGCCCGUCUCGCCGCUGGGCAUCCCAGUCCUGAUGACCCUGAUCUCGAGAAGGGCCAAAUCCACCAUGAAUUCAUCAGCCAAGAUGUAUACUCCACAACAAAAAUCAUCACAACAACAAAAAAAACCCCCACAACAACCACCCCCCACCACACCAAAAAAUCCCACACCCUGGGCCCAUUUGACCAGGCCAAGCUCAGCGCCCCUGCCCCAAACGUCCCUCGUGCAUCAGAGCCACGAGCACGAGGAUGGGCGAGGUUUAGGGAAAGCAUGGUGAAGCCAGAAAGCUGGGGAAAUGUUUCUAAAGCAGAAUCGAUGGAGACUCUUCCAGAGCGGAGCAGCUCUGGAAAAACUUCGGAACCCGGUGGAUUGAAGAAGACUGAUUCCUGCGACAGCGGCAUUACUAAAAGCGACCUCCGGCUGGACGAAGGUGGUGCCCGCACCCCUGUAGAUCGAAGCCCGGUCCAGCCCGACGGAAAAGCUCCCCCGAUCCCUCCAAUCCCCACUAUUCCCGAACAUACACUGCACGCCUCGCUCCUGGAACUCCGUACGGAACUUAAAGAGGAGCUGUCAGCACUCAGUAACCGAAUGGUUGCAUUGGAGACACAAGUCGCUGAGGUGCUGAGGUUGUUAAGGAGCAGAAAGACUCCGACCUCUCCCAUGUCACUCUUCCAGAUCUCACGGCCGACAUCACCAGACACGGACAAGGAGGACAUAUUCCCUUGACGAAAAUGAGGUAAGCAUCUUUAUUUUUGAAAGGGAAACGUUUAUGAGACUUUCUCUGAGAAAAAUGGAACCAGCAAAAAGCAUGACAGAGACUGUGUGUGUGUGAGAGAGAGAACAAGUGAGGGAAAAGGAUGAAAUAAGACACCGGAAAGGAGAAGAGGAUGUCUUAUCCCAAGGCAGAGCAUCUGCGAUACCAAAGUGAUGGUGUGUUAGUUGACACUCUUUGUGUGGAACUGCUCUUUGUUUUUGUCCUGCAAGGCUGACAGACAGUGAGAGCUCUUGCUGGAGGGCCCACUCUGACUGAUGGUUGUCAUGGCAAUGCAUCGUCCCCAAUUGCAAGUGCGGGCACUUCAAGAUCCCACUCAUGUAGCAAGUCUUCCCCUUUCUUUCGCUUUCACACACCACUGUUUCUGCUCUGUCGUCUUUCUGGUAUAGGGAUCCAUUCUGCUCCUUCCUGCUGGUUAACUUGCUGCCGAAUACAAGCCUGUAUCAGGAAUCACAGAGCUAAGCGUCUUACGGUGUGGAGACAAAAGACUGAAGAAGCAAGAAGAAUUCCAGGAAACCCCAGGCAGCUUUGGUGAAUUACUUUAGACAAACGUGUUUGUACAAUGACAAAUCAACUACCAUCCCGAGAGUUAACUGUACACGUUACUGGAGAAGCUAAUGAGCUCUACAGGGGUUUUUGAAGUGUAACAGCUGUUAAGGCCCUUUUCCAUGACUUGCGUCAAUGCAUAUCUCAACAAAAUGUAAAAUCAAAUUGACAGCAAUGGUAUUAUACAGUUUUAGGAAUGCACAAUAUAGCGGAACCAUAUCAGAUUUAUUGGGUAUCAGCCAAUAUUGAAUAUUUAAUUGUACAGCGCAUGUUCAUUUCCCAUAUUUUUAUAUAUAGACUACAUUUGCCAUCAUCUAACACUCACCGAAAGGUAAUAUUUUAAAACACUAAUAAUUUAACAAGACUGUUAAUUGUAAUCUGUAGCAAUUUUCAAAAUGAAUAUCUAUUUUUCAUACAAUACAUUAUACAUUGUUGUGAUUCGUAAACUCACUUUUAACAUUUAAAAUGACUGAUUUCAGCUUUAUUGUUUAAUUCUAAAUUAAUUUAGAAAAAUUAUAGAAUUUUAAUAUUAGUCAUCAGUUAUCAAUCAUAACAUAAAUAUUAAAUAUCGGAAUUUUCAUUAGUCACCAUAUCAAGUGUUAUGAUUUCUCCCAUUCAUUUUCUACAAAUGGUCCAUCUCCUCUCCCUUACAUCGUCUAUGAAUAUUUCUUCGACUUCGUGGGAAACGGUUAUAAUUUUGAGCACUGUGUUACAGUGUGUGGUCUGCAGACAAUGUGUGUCAGAGGUAACGCUGUAGCAUGAUGUUCAAUGCAUUGGCAAUGCAUUUCACAAGUCAUGUGAAAGGACCUUCACCUCCUUUGGUCUACAACAGGCAUCUUCAAACAAGUUCAUUAGUGACUUGUUGGAUUGCAGAGGCCAAGUUUUAUAAAACAACAACGGAAGAACUAGUGAAAUGAAAGCAUGCAUGUUGUUUCUUUAUCAACGAUUGGGUCUUCCAGAAAGCACACAAGCAUAUUACCGUGGGUGCACUAUUAUUAUUCAGAUCUCUAGUGCAUUGUAGCUUUGUUUUGCAAAAUGAAUUGAUGGAUGUAAUCAAUACUCAUGAUUUUUCACAACACCACAGUACAACAUAACACAGUUACGAGGAACUUUACGCAUUAAAGCCAACAUCUAAACAUGAAUCUCAGGAAUCAAGAGGGGUGAUGGUUUGAGAGCUCAUUCUGACCCCUUUCCUGGAUGUUUUUACAUAUUAAAUACUAAAGAUGUGGCAUUAUGUUCCCACCAGGUCUGUUUUAAUGUCUAACCUUUUCAUUGUUUAAUAGGAGAGACUGGGACUUGUUGUCAAGGGCCUAAAAUAGGCUUUUUAAUUCCCACUCUGACAACUGAAUAAUUUUUUUUUUUCUGUGAAAACAGCUUUUUUGUAACCAAGACCGUAAGAUAUGUGUCUGUAGAGAAAAUGCCUUGUAAAAAUAAAACAACCUUGAGAAAUAUUCACUGAAGAUAUGACAGCUAGUGCCAGUCUCCCCUAUUAUUAUAUCAAACAAAGCGCCUAAUGCAAGUUUGGGAGGAGCCUGUUCAGUAAAUCCGUUAAUCACAUGGCUAAGAUAUAAAUAGCUGUUUAUUUCACUCUUUUUUCCAAGCGUCCCUCCCCCAUAUCAACUCCACCUUGAUUUCCAUAAUGAGGUCCAGGGGGAAAACACAGAGAUCCAGUCUAUUCAGAUCAACACCACCAAACCGGAAUAUCUUCUUCUCUGUCACAGAAUAUAUGAACUUGUAUUUAUAUAUUCUCAUUUGUAUCUCAGAAAGAGAACGAGUGCCUGACUAUACAAACUCAGAUACGCAUGUUGAGAAUUGUGGUUAUGAACAUACUGUGAGCGGUUAAGGCACAUGUUAGCAUGCUGUGUGAUGUUCUCAGGUUAGAGAGGUCAUUAUCAGGUCCACAGGAGAUGUGCUGAGGUCAGUAUCACCUGCUUCUCCACUACCUGAGAGCAAAGAGAGAGAAACAUGACUCAAAAUAAUGACGUAAAACCAAAACGCUACCAAGGUCAUAUCAAACAUAAAUGUGAGGAAAACAGAUUUUGUUGGAGAAAAAAAGACGAGUAGCUCUAACAACAUGAAGAUUUAUUUCUGUUUACAACAAAGAUAGAUUUGUACAGUAUGAAGAUUUUGUAACAUCCUAGAUU